AUGGCGUUCAAAGCAGUCCUCAACAAGAUGAAGCCUUCGGACACGAACAGUGACUUCUCACCUGUGUAUUCGAGGCUCUCAAAUGAGAGCAUUCGGACGUCUUUACCACAGGAACAGUCGCAAAUUGACAAUGACAACUCCUACACGGUGCGGCCGAAGCGUAUCAGCUGGCUAACUAUGGGCAAUAUAACCCUUUUUGUAGUAUCCACAGCGCUACUCGCACUCGCGUAUUCGCGCCCUAUUUCGGAUGCAUCCUGCACGCGCCAGCUCUUCAGCUAUUCGCCUGCUCUCGAAGCCGUCGAAUACCACGAAGAGGACUACAAAGGCGUAUUCCAUCAAGCUUCCAUAUAUCGUGGUACGCCUACCGAUGAGAUCGACGAAAACUGGCGAGAGUUGUGGGAUUGCGCCCUCACCACAGCCUCGCACUACGCCGCCCUCGUCCAAGACCUCGAAGCCGCAGGCUACCCAACCAUCUCCCUCGACCCACCAAGCAUUACCUACCCCGACGCUACAACCGUCAUCGCAGACACCGACAUUGCCUUCGUCCGCGCCUUCGUUCUCGUCCCCCUCCUAGCCGAAGGGAAAGACGUCGGCCUACUGUGCCAUUCCUACGGUGGAACCCACGGCGCAGGCGCAGUGCAAGGGCUGAGUAAGGAAGACAGUGCUGUGAGGGGCCAGCAAGGUGGUAUUGUGGGAAUUGUCUACAUUGCAUCUUUUCCUCGCCCGGAGAUUCUGCUCUGCAAACGCUGA